ACUCGCUUUCACUUCCGGGGUUAGCUUAGCCGAAGGUAAACAAACAUGCGAUAAUGACAUUGAAAUGUUUUAUUAGCAUUCAGCAGCUAAACAUUAGUUCAUUCGCAGCACAGAUUAGUUCUUUAACGCGUUUUAAAGCUUCAGUUUAACAGACAGCGAAGGAUGGCUUUUCCAUUUGUGCGACUGUGCCCUCGACACGUCAGCACAGGCCUUCAAGUCUGCAGUUAUGCGACGCUCAGCAAAGCAUCCCGACCGCAGGAGAAGAGCAGUGCUGGUCCAGUUUUUCAGUAUGUGGGCCAGAACAAAAAGCCGACCCCCAAAGUGUUUGUGUGGGGCUUUAGCUUCACUGGUGCCCUGGGCAUCCCCAGCUUCGUGGUGCCGGACAGUGGCAGGAAAAAGCCCCGCAAGUACCAGCUCACUCCUUACCGCCUGGAGACGGCAGAGCAGAUCUCUUCAGCUGCUUGCGGUUACGGCUUCAGUCUCAUCGCGUCUUCGACAAAGGACGCGUCCAAGCUGUGGGGAAUGGGCUUGAACAAGGACUCUCAGCUGGGCUUCCAGCGAACCCAACACAGCCGCCAUCAGAGCUACGACUACGUUCUGGAGCCGUCCCCGGUCGCUCUGCCCCUCGUCAAUCCCCUGCAGACCCGAGUGCUUCAGGUUGCUUGUGGCCGAGCUCACUCCCUCGUACUCACCGACCGAGAAGGAGUUUUCAGUAUGGGAAACAAUUCAUAUGGCCAGUGUGGAAGACGGAUAGUUGAAGAUGAAGUCUACAGUGGCAGCCACAUCAUUCACAACAUCGAGGGCUUCGCCGGCAGGGUCGUACAGGUGGCAUGUGGCCAGGACCACAGCCUCUUCCUCACUGAGACGGGGAAAGUGUUGGCCUGUGGAUGGGGCGCAGAUGGACAGACAGGUCUGGGUCACCACAACAUCAGCUCCAGUCCGGUGGAGGUGGGAGGAGAUCUGUCAGGGGUGGAGGUGCAGCAGAUCAGCACCUAUGGAGACUGUAGCCUGGCUGUCUCCAGAGACGGACAGCUGUUUGGGUGGGGAAACUCUGAGUACCGACAGCUGGCUUCGGUCACAGAGGCCACACAGAUCAAUUCCCCUCGUCAUCUUCCUCUGAAAGGCUGUGGAAAGGUGGUUCAAGCAGCAUGUGGAGGCACACAGGUGGCUGUUCUCAACGAUAAAGGAGAGGUGUUUGUUUGGGGUUAUGGCAUUCUGGGAAAAGGUCCAAAUCUUUCAGAAUCUUCCACCCCAGAGGUGAUUCCUUCUACACUGUUUGGACGUUCUCAGUUCAACCCAUCAGUCGCUGUCACCAGGAUCAGGUGUGGCCUCAGUCACUUUGCUGCAGUCACAGAUCGAGGCGAGCUCUUCGUGUGGGGAAAGAACGUGAGAGGUUGUUUGGGCAUCGGGAAGAGAGACGACCAGUACUUCCCCUGGCGAGUGACUGUACCGGGUCAGGUGGUGGAUGUAGCCUGCGGUGUCGACCACAUGGUGGCGAUGGCGAAGUCUCUGCUGUGAAGCUCCGAUCCUCCUCCCCCCUCCGGCAGCGGAUGAAAGGCGGAUGUUUGGCCGAGCCCUCGGCUGGCCUCUGGGCGCCUCAGGGAGCCGAUCGGGGGCCGAUCCGGAGUCUUGAAGCCAGCUGCUCUCCACAGGUGGCGGCCCUCGAGUCCCGCGGUCGAAACCGUGACGUCAAGCCGAGAGCAGAGCAGUCGAUGCUGCAGUAACCCAUCACUGACAGAGCUGCCUUUACCUUCCAUGAAGGUCGUAGAGCAAAGACGUCUGAGGAGAGUUUUACAUCUGGAGCUGGUCGAUGCAUAGGUUUCUUCACCUUUUUGUCAGUCGGUUGACUGCGUGAAGCCAUUUUUUAAACCCAGUAGUGGAAAAACUUAAAUGUUUGGACAAAACAAGACAUUUGAUGGCAGCAAGUUGGACUCAGACAAACUGAAAAGGGCCUUUUUGUCCACAUUUUAUAGACUAAACUGUUCAUUUGCUCACUAAUUUAUAAUAAAAACAGUCAUGAGUUGCAGCUCUGUAGUUUUUUUUUUCAGUUUUUUUAUUUCUAUCACUUUCAUUGAAUGCACAAGUUAACUGUUGAAAUGUCUUCUAGUACAAUGUACCUGACAGAAAUUACAGCAAAACUAUGACAUUUGACCAAAGCUUUUUUCUAGCUUUUUUUUUUCGAUUUCUUGACUGUUUUGUCAUUUCAUUGAUUUAAAGUUGUUUUUUAAGCCAAAUAGUGAAAAACUGUUAUUAUUCUCUAGUUGGAGCUUCACCAAUGUCAGGAUUUGCUGUUUUUCUCUGUUUUAGAUCACCACAAACUGAAAAUCUUUAGUUUUUGGACAAAACAUAAACAAAACCUGGACCGUUUACUCCACAUUUUAUAGACUAAACAGUUAAAUUGUACACUGAUGUAUAAUUAAAACAGUCAUUAGUUACUGGGCUACAGUUUUAUUUUCAUAGUUUUUAAUUUCUAUCACUUAUAUUGUAUGCUUUGAGUGCAAUGUAACUGACAGAAAUUAUAGUAAAACUAUAACAUUAGAUCAAAGCUGUUUUCCAGUAAAUACAAUCAGCUUUUGAUUUCUUGACUAUUUUUUCAACUCAUUGAUUGUUUAAAGCUGUUUUUCAAGCCCAAUAGUGAAAAACUGUUAAUAUUUUCUUGUUGUAGCUUCACUACUUUGAUUUUUUUUCUGUUUUUCUCUAUUUUAUAAAACCACAAACUGAAAAUCUUUAGUUUUUGGACAAAACAAGACAAAAAUUGGACCUUUUUCUUCAUUUGUGACAGACUAAACAGUUAAUCUGCACAAUGAUUAAUGAUAAUCAUUAGUCACAGUUUUGUAGUUUUACUGUUUUGUUUGUUUCUGUCAGUUGCAUUCUAAGUUAACUGCUGAAAUGUCUGUAACUGAUAGAAAUGAAACUAUAAAUUUGAUUAUUUUGUCAAUCAGUUAAUUGUUUAAAGGCAGUUUUCAAGCCAGAUAGUGAGAAAUUGUGAAUAUUCGCUAGUUGGAGCUUAAACAAUGUGAGGAUUUACAGUUUUUCUCUUUUUCAAUCACCAAAAACAGCAAAUCUUUAGUGUUUGGACAAAACAAGACAAAACUUGGGCCUUUUUCUUCACUAUUUAUAAAAUAAACAGUAAAUCUGCACACUAAUUUUUCAGGAAAACAAACAUUCGUUGCAGCUCUAUAGUUUUAUUUUCAUUGUUUUUCAUUUCUAUCAGUUAUAUUGUAAGUUUUGAGUCCAAUGUAACUAAUCGAAACUAUAACAUUAAACCAAAGCUGUUUUCUAGCAAACACGA